CCGGCCGCGGCGUUCCCUCGCGCAGUAACACACUAACCGUUGCGCGCGCGGCGUCACUCGCUCACUCAUACUCCAUCACCGCGCACGGCACGCACACGUCCGCCGCCGCAACCGCCGUCCCCUACACGGGCAAACUCACGCAUUCACGCUGACGAGAAUCCGCUGAUAGCAGACCGAUCGCCAUGGCAGAGGAGUAUCUGUACGGAAUCACCCUCGAGGGAUCGAACGCGACCGAGGUAUGGGACCCGGAGCACAAGAACGACGACUCGGACGGCACGGCCCAGCACAUCGGCGCCGAUCAGAAGCUCAUUAUAAAAAUGGCUCUUUUAGGACCAGAGGCGAAACCCGGCGAGCUCAAUGUCUUACAGGUUGAGGCGAUGGGGUUAAAAGGACCCAUCAAAACUCCAAUUGCCUUGCUGGAGAUGGGAAAAACGGCACAGAUCAUUCUUGAUCUCAGUUUCCCAGAUCCCCCAGUCACGUUCACCUUGGUGAAGGGCAGUGGACCUGUUCAUAUAGUAGGACACAAUCUUCUUGGUGCCCACAUUGAAGAAUUCGAGGAUAUGGAUGAUGAAAUGGAGGAAGAGAACAUCGACGACGAGGACGAUGAGAAGGAUCCUGAAGAUGAAGAUGAAGAGGAUGAUGAACCUAAGAAGAAGAAUGCUAAAUUAGCAGCUGCAGCUAAAUACAAAAAUCAGGCUAACAAGAACAAGAAAAAAUAAAUACGAGCCUUAACAUUAUGGAAAUAAAACAAACUUUUAAGUUAAGAUAUUAUACAUAAGUCCAUCAUUAUCAUCCGCGUUUGUGCGAAUCUAGUAUCAUUUCAUCAGAUUAUCACACGACAAAAUGGUUGCCUUCCACUUUUCUAAAAACACAACUGGACCAAAAUAUUAAGAAGACAAUUAUUAUGUAUAAUUUUGAAGUAAUUUCGGAUUAUUUCGUUAAUGUGCUCGUUGCUGUACUUUAAAAAAAAUUUUUUAUGGUUUAGCUAAUAUUUUUAUACUUCUUUCCAAAGUUUAUUACAAUACUUAUUACGAAGUUUAUUACGAUAUUAUCUCGGUUAUACAGAGACAUGUAUUUGUAUAACAUAGCUCUCUGGUGUGUAUACUCAAAUAUUUUUCCAAGAUAAUGUAUAUUUAGUAACAUAGGAUUUAAUAUGAAAGAAAGACUAGUAUUUUUAUGACAAGAUUUUUACAAAUAUAAUUUUUCUUCAAAAAGUGAUCUAUUAUUAUAUUCAAGUACUAGCCUGACUUCAGACAAAAUUGAAUAUUUUUUCUCUUGAUGAGAUUUUAUACCAUUGAUAAGAGAAGAAGAUUAUCUUAGAAUGGAAAUACCUUUUUCUUCUUUACUAGACAACUUCUUGAAAUAUGAUACAAAUAUAUGUAGUUUCAGCAUAACAGCAGUGUAUUCAAUAAUUUCUGGCCCAGUUGUUGUUAUUGUAAAAUUUGUGGAAAGCACGAAUGGAUCCACAUUGAGAGAUUUUGUACUUUUGGUUUUUUCUGAUAUCGUAUUCAUAUCGACGCAACUUUUUCAGAGAUGCAAAAAUAUAUUCUAAUGUAACCAUUUAAACAUGAUUUUUUGGAAAUAGUUCUCGUGUAUGGAAUUGUGAAACUGAGACUCCACAAUAUAAUUUAUUAUUUUCGUGUGUACAAGAUGGGGAAAGGAUUAUUAGUCAUUCAAAAAUCCUAAUUCUAAAAUUUUACUUACGUCUCUAAAGAUAUCAGCAUUUAAAAAAAAAAAGGAAAUAUACACGUCAUCUCAACAUUCAUUCCAUUUGAUGAAAGGUAAUAGAAACGGGAGUUACAGGUGUACUGGGGUAAAGAAACUGCUCUUACAUCAGUGUCAUAUGCUAUUAAAGCAUAUGUGAUGCAUGUACAAAAAACGUACGUGCGAUUGAUAAGUAGUCUGUACACCUAUUUUGUACAUAUACGAUACAAUAAAAAAUUUCACAACUUUUAAAAUCCGUA